AUGGGAAAAGAACACAAAAUUGGUUUAAUGAUUGAUCAAAAUGUGCCGAUAACGGAGGAGCAAAUGAGGAAUACAGCUGCUACGCUUCGGAAUGUAUGUCAACCGAAAUCAAAACUAUCCAAUGAUGUUAUAGAUAAAAUGAAAGAUAAAGUUUUUCCCACCGAUAAACCAGCUAAGUGUUUCGUCCAAUGCGUGCUCGAAAAUAUGGGAAUUAUUUGUGAUCCAGUAGCCAUUGCAUGUCUGUGGAUUACUGAAUUAAUGAGAAAAAGCAAAAUCAAUUAUGAUGCAGCCAUGAAGCAGUUUGACUUGUUAUUACCGGAUAGUAUGAAAGAUGAUUACAAAGCCGCCCUAACCCGAUGCAAAGACUCAACCGGCGGAGAGAAAAAUGCAUGCGAAGCCGCUUACAAAAUGGUUGUUUGCUUCUCAACAGAUAAUCCAACGUUUACAUUUGUAUAAAAUAGUUGUGAACGUUAAUUCAGUUUAAUAACCGAUCUGAGUUGGUUUCCCACACUUUUUAAUGUUUUGUCAAUUUAUAUUGAUUUUGACAAAUAAAUUUUUGAUUAAAGA